AUGAGCGACCCUGCACACUGUGUACGCGAUCUCAUGCAAUUUGUGAAGAGGUUCCUCGGGCUGAAACGUGGGACCAAGUCAAACAACGCAACAUCGCUGAGUGGCGCCGCCGCGCCAGGAGUAACGCAUACAAGCUUGACAGAAGAGCCUCAUUCGGCAACAAGUGAUCUUUGCCCCUCGGAAGGGAUUUCCUUACCUAGGGGGCAGUACAGAGAAACAGGUCCACCGGAUGAGGAACCGGAAAUCAUUCAAGAUAGGCCCUCGACAUACGGACUAGUCGAUCGAGAACAGCUCUUACAUACCUACGACGAGUCACCAGCGGCCUCUUUGAGUGAGGCAGACGCAAUUCCCGAUGGCACGCCGGGCAAAGUGAGAUCUCUGCCUGCUAAUGCUGAAGGGUCUGAACGAGUAUCAAUCCUGAUAGGGUGCGAUCUGCCGCCGCCAGCGGUGACCUGGAUGCUAUUCGACGUCUUUAUCGACUCGGUUCACUGGUUCAUGAUGAUUUUUCACGAGCCUUCACUCAGAGCCGACUUGGAGAAGGUCCUGCGGACUGGCCGAGCCAAGGCCUGUCAGAAAUCGAUGUUAUACUUGAUCAUAGCAGUCCUGGCUAUCGGAGCGAGAUACGCUGAGAGGAAAGACGUGCAUGCCAACGAAACCGACGCCGACACCGACGCCGACCUGUCGGACUUACAGUCGCGAUUCUUGAAAGUUUUCGAUGACAGGCUCAUGGAUCUAAUGGAUCAGACAGACAUUGGCAUGGUGCAGACGUGCAUUCUUCUGAGCUCGCUCUACUAUUAUCAUCGCCAACCGAGGCGGAGUUUUAUGAUCAGCGGUGCAGCCACCAAGGGUGCGCAAGCCAUGCGUCUCCACAAAGAGUCCGCCUGGGGGGAUCUAGAUCCAAUCGAGAGGGAGGUGAGGCGACGGGUGUGGUGGGCAUUGUUCGUCAGUGAAGGAUUCACGGCGAUGACUUUCGGGAGCACUUGCAACCUGCAAGAUGGAGACUGUCAGGUCAAGAUGCCGGGGAAUAUUGACGACAAUUGUGCCACGUGCCCCGGGUUCGACUCGGUCGAGCUCCUUGAGGACGGGACUCAUGAGCGAGUCACGACGUUCACAUACCAGCGACUCAAGUUCAAGCUCUACCGCAUCGCAUCACCUAUCACCCGAGACCUAUACUCCAAAGGAAACUCAUCGACACGAGAGAUUGUCGAUCGGGUACAAGAGAUCAACCGAUCUUUACUCAUCUGGAAACAAGAUGUUCCGCCUGAAAUGCAACCCAGCUCGUUCUCUGGUCUGGCCGAUGAGACGAGGAAGAACCCCGUCCUCAAACUCUUCCACCUCCAAGCUCUUUCGCUGCAGAUCUCCUACAACAAUAUUCAACUCAUUUUACACCGUCCGCUUGUAGCCUUUCCUGGAAUCAUCAGCACACGUCAUUUCCCCACGCGAGGGCGUCGUCAGUCAGCUCCUGCCCACAACCAUGAAGACGACCAGCACUGUUCAUUAGGUCAAUACUCUACCCUUGUCGAGAACAGCAGGGCUCAAUGCUGGGAGUCAGCACUGAGAAUCUGCCACGAGUACCUCGAGAUCCUGAGGCUGACUCGAAACACGCAUGCGGUUGCCUAUGCUGGGAUUCAAGCUUUCACGGCGGGUGUGAUGCUGGCCAUUUUUGCUCUCUCUCAGCCAUUCUCGGCCCAGGUUCAGGAAGCUAAGCGCUGGGUUGGGAGGCUCAUCAAAAGACCAAGGCAGCUCGGCAACCGGACAGCGAUAUCGGAUCAAAGUGGCCACAUAUUGGAAAAGCUUCUGCGGCUGAUCCUCGCGCAAGAAAUAAAGAUGCUAACCGAUGAUAAGGAGAUGGAUGAUGACGCUUCACAUUUCGCGCAGACAAGACGAGAAUCCGUAUCAGCCCCUUCCCACACCCUCGAUUCACAAUUGAUUGGGGCGUCCGACUAUGGCCCAGUGAGUAGGACCACCGAUGGAGGCAGCUUUGGACUCUCCCAGCAGGCUAGCCACUGCGGCACCGAGAAUGUCACAGCCGCAGGAGAUGGAUUGUGGAAUAUGCAGCAGGCCCUGGAUGGAAACUUUGAUGAUUCGCUAGAUUCUCUACAGCACGGUCCGAACUCCCCUUUUCCUUCUCCGAUCAAGGUGCUUCGAUUCCCGGCUGACAAUUUAUUGCCACUAGCCUGUGAAUCUCCGGGACAAGAUAAUGCACAACAGGCAGAACGCCAGGAUCAAUUUCAGAUUGAUAACACGGCCGUCUUUCUCCCCUUUUUGCCCACAUUCGAUCCUUUUUCUAGCAGCAACAACAUCUUCGGCACGCUUGAAGACGCCGGUCUGGUCUGGUUUGGAGAAAAUUUCUCUCAACUCAGCUGA